AGGCGGCUAACAUCGCUAUGAAGAGGAAGUAAGGACAAGAGAUUGUAUUUUUUCUACUUAAAACUGCCGAUUUUGACUUUCACACAACGAUAUAAGAAGAAAGAUAACGAAAGGCAAACUGUUUUCUGUUACGAAUAUAUAGAGAGAUUCUUUUUAUCAUAGACACGAAACGUUUUUUCAUCGUAGGGUUGCAUGUCUACUCGUCUAUAAAGACAAAGAUACAGACCACAUAAAUACAUGACAGGAGAAUAUCAACUCUCUACUUUAAAUAAAGAACAAAAACACAACGAGUUCGUUAUUCUUCUCAUCGCGCAUGCUUUGAUUCUUGCACGUCUGGAAUGAUAUAAAUCACACAAAGAGAAAAACAUCACCUUCUAACUGAAAGAAUCACGAAGAAUACAGUGUUUUAACCCUGAAAUAAACAUAAAAGAGAUAACACCAAGCUAUCCUACUGGUUAGCUACAACUAUAAUCCGACUUCUAGCAGAAAUGGAGCAAAGUCUAAUGGUUUAAAGUUGUUUCAAAAGCCCUACUUCUUCGAAUUAAAUAGAUAGACUAAUUGUUGGAUAAGUAAAGAACAAUACAUCCUAUUUGAGUAAUUGUACCCUGUUUUACUAGGUCUUGUCUUCGAGAACAGAGUAUAAUACAAAAUGAAGGCGGCUAACAUCGCUACAACGAUAUAUCGUUGUGUGAAAGUCAAAAUCGGCAGUUUUAAGUAGAAAAAAUACAAUCUCUUGUCCUUACUUCCUCUUCAUAGCGAUGUUAGCCGCCUUCAUUUUGUGUUAUACUCUGUUCUUGAAGACAAGACCUAGUAAAACAGGGUACAAUUACUCGAAUAGGAUGUAUUGUUCUUUACUUAUCCAACAAUUAGUCUAUCUAUUUUAUCCAAAACAGUCAAGAUUUGGUAGUGAAACUCAAACAGUGAGAAUGACUUCCGAAUGUUCUAAUCCUGACUUUUAGGCGCAAAAUUUUACUUUUGCAUUUUAUUUGAAUAGUAAACAGAAAGAAUAUGAGAUCAUGAAAAAUGCAAUUUCUCUUGCUUGCGUUAUUAUUAUCCUGUGAUCUGUUCUCGAAGACAAUUGCCGAGUAAACAGAUUGCAGUUUGGUCUAAAGGAAAUUAUGGCUAGAAAACUUUUGACGUAUUUACACAGUUGAAUAACUAAAAAGCCACAUGUCGCUCUUUUUUAUUCUUACAUAAUAUAUCAUUCUACUGCUUAUUUAUUAAAUACUACGCUUACGAUAAGCGAGUGUCGAGGUUCGAAACUCGUCAGCGCUUAAUUUUUAUUUAUUUCUUCUUUAUUAUACAGCAAAUUUUAUUUUUAUUUUUUUUGCUGGAGUGUCGGCCAUAUGUCGGAGCCAAACUACUGCCGAUGCACUCGGUUGACUAUGAGCUACAAAACCCCACUAGUCUCAGAUUGUCAACACCUCAAGAAAUAAACCGCUUUAAGUUGAUAUGUUUUUUUGUGAAUACAGUUACACCCAUUCAAUAAUUUGAAAACAAAAGCGCAGAGCUGUUCCAUAAAAGAAGUCAUCAAGAACCAUAUAUGUAAUUUUAACGUGUAACGAAGGAAGAAUUCGAUGAAGUUUCGACUAGAUUGCUUUUUUCCCUUCAUCCGACAGACUGUGUCCAGGAAAGCACAAACGUAUAGCGUUUGAAUUUGAUUUAAAAUUGUUAUAUUCUUAUUGUGACGGAAUUGGGCUUGGUCCAGUUUUUUUGAUUUAAACAGCUACAAAAACUAUGCUUCGAAGAAAAACUUUAACCGUCAGUACAAGUUCGUAAUCAAUUCUCAUUCUUAUAGACUUUCUAUUAUAGUAAAAAGCUAGUGAAAGAUUUUAUGAAUGAAUUUUCUAUCUACUCGAACAUGCAGUAGCACCUGAGGGGACGUUUUCAGCUGUCAAAGCGCUUUUUCUAUGAGGAAAUUUUAAUUUUUUUAUAGGUAUCACACAUGGUACUACCGAUCGUGGAAUAAAAAGUCGGUCUCAUAUGCACACUGUUUUUAAUAUUGAUGAUCCAGUCAAAGUCAAAGGAUUUGUAACGACAAUUGAAAUAAAUUUUAGUGAUGCACCGAGUGGUGCGCUAAAUGCAAAUCUUUGGUUAUACAUAAUUAGUCGUACAAAUGUUAUAGAUAGAUACAAUAUAAAAAGUUCAUAUCAAAUUCCUGUUAAUAAAAUAGCGGGGAAAACUGGUAUUCAAAGAUUUCCUCUUCCUGAAGCCGCGCUUAUGAUGGAAGCUGAAGAGUUUUUAGGCGUUGGCUUUGGUAGUUCUAGUGGUGAUUGCUAUAGUGUUUCGAACAGAAAAGGAAUGUACCUGAAUCAAUCAAGUGUUGCGCACGGUGUACAUCAAUUUGUUCCCCGUAAUAAUGGGAUAGCAUUCAGUUUUCAAACUACAACAACAAUAUCCCAUGGCUCUCUAACAGAUAUUAAUCAUGAUCGUGCUAAUGCUAGCGGGAAAACGGUAUUCAAUACUGCUGAUCAGGUAAAAACAGAUGGAUUUGUAGCAUCCGCUCAAAUGAAUUUUUAUACUGCACCAACUAAAGACAAAGCAGAAAUUUGGCUUUAUAAUAUUAUUUCUACAAAGAUUUCAUACAAAUAUACCAUAAGAACUAAGUAUCGAAUUCCAGUAGAUCAAAUAAAAGAAGAACCGGGUGAUCAAACAUUUAUUAUUCCGAAAUAUCACUUUAACGUGACAGUUGGAUCAUUCGUAGGUGUCGGUCUUGUUUCGGCGGAUGGUGGUGAAUUGUUUAAUGGAGGCCGAAGUUCAUGGAUGUUGGACAAAGCAACUCUUAAUCCGGGAACAUACACAUUUAUUUCUCAAACUAUGGUUGGUCUUACAUUCAGUUUUACCGUUGCUACUUUUCAAGAAAUGACAUAUGGUACUACAAAAGAAAGUCUCUCCGUGGUCAUACCUGAUGAUCGUCCAAUAGUACAGUUCAAUGUCUUGGAUGUACCGCAAAUAUCUGGUGAUGUAACAGCAGUUCAAAUACAUUUUGCUGUAGCACCAACUGCUGGUUUAGCAGAAAUUUAUCUCUAUAUUAUUAGUGAAGGUGUUUUACCGUUCGCUCUUAUUGUAACACAGAAAUAUCGUAUUCCAGUUGAUGAAAUACAGGAACGUACUGGUAUUCAAGAAUUUGUUCUAAAACGUGGACUAAAGAUAGGACCAAAUGCUCAUUUAGCUGUUGGUUUUGAGCGGAAUGCUGGGAAGGCUUAUGCCCUCGCCGGAGAGAGUCGAUUUAUUGACAUUGGAAAGGCAAGUAUCAAUGUUGGUCAUACAAACAAUCCGAAUUUCGUCCCGACCAUUAAGUACAGCAUAUCGAUGAGUUACAAAGUGACUGGUUUUAAAGGUAAAUGA